ACGGCAGCACCCUACACGAUAGUCUCUUACGUUGACGCAAGACAACUGAAAGCAUACGCGUAGCAGCAGCUUUGGGCGGUGCAGUUAUGAUCCAUACGUGAUAAGAGAUCGUGUGUUUACCAGACUGGUGCAGACGACGCGAGGAGCAGUAUAGCAUUAUUGAUCCCUGCUUCACAGCUGUCUUCACCUUGACGAGCCCAUCAGCAAGCCUUUGAAUCCUCAUGUGUUCCCCUAUACGGCGACCGAACACACUGCCUCCGCAACGAUCAGGUAUGAAUCACGACGGGCUUGAGUGAUAUUCGCCAACAUAUUGAACAUCCUCUACUACUACAACCGAAUCAAUCAUGGGCAAGGACGCGCUCGAUGCCGUGAACUUAGUGUUCAACUCACGUCUACACGUCGCGGGAGAGUUUGUUGAAGGUGCUGUAGACCUCUACUUUCCUAAGCUCGUAGAAGACGACAUCGAAGAGGUUCAUAUCAAACUACGAGGUGCCAUCAUGACGUUAGUUCACAAUCACUUUUGGACUAGCGACACCAAUUAUUAUCAGCAUGUCGACAUAUGCCGCGCGAAUAUCUCACUGUGGAAGAAGGGCUCGACCGUGUACCCUCAGCCAAAUACACAUGUCCUUAGGCUGCCGUUCCGAUUCACUCUACCCGUCAACCUUCCUCCCUCGUGCUUUUACUCGGGCCUCCAUUGGUCGGGCACGGUCGGCUAUUUCCUCGAGGCGGUAGGAGAGCGCCAUGGCCUUCAUUUUAACCACAGGGUCCAGCAAUCUUUCCCUGUCCUUCCUGUCGAUAAUCGCGGCGUGAGGCUGCGGUCGGCGUUGAGCGCAGGAUGGAACGGUGGUUGGAAGACUUAUGAAGCCAGGGACAAAAUUCGCCGAGGAAUCUGGGGUGACUACUCACAGGUCCACGCAACCCUCAUCUUCCCGGACACCAACGCUCUCCCGAUUCUGACACCCAUACCUGUCACCCUGAGCAUCGUCACUGUGACGAAGACUAUGAAGUUUGAUGAUCACAAAGAGAAAGAUGAGAUCUUCCCUGAGCCGCCGCAAGACUCGAAGAAGUACGAGCUCAACAUGGUAUACGUGAAUUAUGUCAAGGCGCGGGGCUACACGGAAGGAGGAGGUGAACACAUGCAGGCUGCGCGAAAAGUCUGGAUCCCUUCAAAUGACUCUCAUGACGAGAAAAAGCACAAAGGCCAGUGGAGGCAGGAGGUGGCGUUUAGAUCAUCCUUCAUCUUAGACUGUCCGCCGUCUUUCAGCACAGAGAUCCUGAGCUUAGAGGCGAUUCUGAUUGACAUAACAUCCGAGAUCCAGAUUACUGACGUACACUAUAGUAUAGCGUACGGUUAAAGGUCGACUUCCCAGGCAUAGGGAACGAUACCAAACUGGAGUUCCCGAUGCAAGUCAUCUCUCUCAUGCCUCCUCCUGGGCAGCCUUGGCAAGGACCACCUCCCCAGCUCGACCUUCCUCCGUGAGUCGACUGAGUCGG